AUGGCGAAGGGCGCAUUUCACGAAAAAAAACAGAUCCUGUUAUCAAAAAAGAUAAACAUUACACUCAGGAGAAAGAUAUUGAAGGUAUAUGUAUGGCCUAUAACAUUAUACUCAGCGGAGACAUGUACAUACAACACAAAUGAAGAGGAAUCGAUAAAAGCAUUUGAGAUGUGGUGCUACGCGCGACGUAUGCAAAAUAUUAAAUGGGUAGGUAGAGUAACAGAUGACCAAGUACUACAAGUAAAUGAACAAAGGACAAGGAUACAUCUCACAAGAGCAAGAAAAUUACAAUUGUUAGGACAUACUUUGAGACAUGAUAGUCUUAUGUAA